GAAAGAGGCAGGGCCAGUAUUAGGUGAGACACCACUCUACAUCUGUAGAGACUCCAUUACGGGGCCAUUAGGAGCCUGGCCCUGCUUCAGCCCUGUGUGGAAUGACUCUGAUGGCUACCUGCCGGCCAUUCCUAUGUAGUGUGUCCACAUCAUUCCACGGCCCCAUGAGGACACCACAGUGGCCAGUGAGGGCACAGUAAUCUCUGUGUUCAGUAAGCUCACUGUGCUAGUUUCACAGUUCGGCCUUUGUUUUCCCUUCCUAAAACCAUGAAUAUUGACACAAAAGAAUCUUGGAACCAAGUAGCUCACAGCAGGGAUGCCUCUGGACUUUGCAAUCGGUCAAUUUCACCGGCUACUCCAGACAGGAGCAGGUGCUGUCCCUCCCCCUGCCCCCUAGGAAUCCUGGAGGCCGCCAUGUUCCAGAACCCAAUGAAAAGCCCAGGUAUGCGAGAGCAGUAAUGCAAAUUCCAGGCUUCACGGGAUGGGGGGGAGCCAGUCCCUCUUGUCUCCCCACCCGAUGGGAUGCUGAGACAAUGCCCACCAACUGCUUCCAGCUACUACUUAAGCUCCUUAAUGGCUGUGAUUCAGAGACACACAAAAGAAUCUCAGAACUGAGCAGCUCGCUGCAGAGAUGCCUCUGGACUUUGCCUCCGGACUCUGCAAUAGGUCAAUUUCACUACUCCAGACAGGAACAGGUGCUGUCCUUCUGCCUGCCCCCUAGGAAUCCUGGAGGCCGCCAUCUUCCAGAACCCAGUGAAAAGACCAGGUAUUCGGGAGCAGUAACUUAAACAUCAGGAUGGGGGGAGCCAGUCCCUCUCGUCCCCCCUGCCCCAUGGGACCCUAAGAUGACACCCACCAACUGCUUCUGGCUACGAAAGCUCCUUAAUGGCCAUGAUCCAGAGACACACAAAAGAAUCUCAGAACCAAGCAGCUCGCUGCAAAGAGCUCUCCAGACCCUAAUUAUUAAAAUUUUAGAAUUUCAGAAGCAGCCAUGUGACAUCAUAUGUUAUUUACAACAAGCAAUACAAAUAAAUUGUCUAGCAUUGCCUUUUCAGCAGGUUUGAGUGACAGCGGGAAAAUUCCAAAUAAUAAUGGUGAGACUGGUGUUGAAAUAUUGAAUGUAAUCAAAGUAGAGAGUAUUAUGGAAAUUGUUUACCACACAGGCAGGGGAAGGGUUGGGAUGGGGAUAGAUACUGGGGACUUUGGUGGUGAAAAAUGUGCACUGGUGAAAGGAUGGGUGUCUGAUCAUCGUAUGACUGAAACUCAUACAUGAAAGCUUUGUAACUCUCUCACAGUGAUUCAAUUAAAAGAAAAAAAAGAACUCUCUUUUUCCGCCGCCAUCAUGGGUCGCAUGCACGCUCCCGGGAAGGGCCUGUCCCAGUCGGCGCUGCCCUAUCGCCGCAGCGUCCCGACCUGGCUGAAGCUCACGUCCAACGACGUGAAGGAGCAGAUCUACAAGCUGGCCAAGAAGGGCCUGACGCCGUCCCAGAUCGGUGUCAUCCUGAGAGACUCCCAUGGUGUCGCCCAAGUGCGUUUUGUGACGGGCAAUAAGAUCCUCAGAAUCCUGAAGUUUAAAGGACUUGCCCCUGAUCUUCCUGAGGAUCUCUACCACCUAAUUAAGAAAGCUGUUGCUGUCCGGAAGCAUCUUGAGAGGAACAGGAAGGAUAAGGAUGCUAAAUUCCAUCUGAUUCUCAUUGAGAGUCGUAUUCACCGUUUGGCCCGAUACUACAAGACCAAACAAGUCCUCCCCCCCAACUGGAAAUAUGAAUCAUCAACAGCCUCUGCCUUGGUCGCAUAAAUUUGUGUAUUCAAGCAAUAAAAUCUUUGUUUAACUAGAAAAAAAAAAAAAAAAGAACUCUCUUCCAAGGCAAACAAGGAGGAGAGCAUAUCACAGUUGCCCCCAAAACCUCCCAUAAAUUGAGGAAGUCUUCAGGAAGGAAAGACUUGGACAAUGGAUUACCAAAAAAGAACAAAGCUUCAUUUGCAACCAAAUUGUCCCUGAUGAUGUCAGCUAUCCUUCCUUGAUGAAGGUUAUAAUCUAAAACUAAAUCUAAAUAUAAUAAAUAAAAUCUAUGCUGUCUUGGGGCUGGAGUGAUAGCACAGCGGGUAGGGCGUUUGCCUUGCACACUGCCGACCCGGGUUCUAAUCCCAGCAUCCCAUAUGGUCCCCUGAGCACCGCAGGGGGUAAUUCCUGAGUGAAGAGCCAGGAGUAACCCCUGUGCAUCGCCAGGUGUGACCCAAAAAGCCAAAAAAAAAAAAACUAUGCUCUCUUAUAGCAUUUGUUAAUCAUUAAAUGUUCAUUUAAUUAUCAAUAUUUAAUGAUAUCUUAUAGCCUACUUCUCCCUCUGGGAGAACCUGGCAAACUACUGGGAGUUUCCUGCCCACAUGGGAGGGUUUCGCAAGGUCCCCAUGGUGUAUUAAUAUGCCAAAACCAGUAACAAGCUGGGUCUCAUUCUGACCCUGACCCUGAAAGAGCCUCCAAUGCGGCAUGGUUGGUAAGGACGAGUAGAGAGAGGCUUCUAAAAUCUCAGGGCUAGGACAAAUGGAGACAUUACUGAGACCGCUCGAGAAAUUCAAAGAUCAACAGGAUGAUGACGAUGAUGAUGAUCAUCAUCAUCGUCAUCAUCAUCAUCAUCAUGAAAUAUUCACAUAGGAGGUUGAAAAUAAAAUGUGAGGAAGAAAGAAAAAAAAACUUGAGUAUCACAAUAUUUGCAGAAUUUUCAUUAUUUGGGCCAAAGAGAUCAUACAGGGCGUAAGUCUCUUGACUUACAUGCGGCUGACCCCAGUUUGAUCCCCAACAUUGCAUGAUUUCCCACAUGAUCUUGAAAUACAGAGCCAGGAAUAAGACUGAGUACCACUGGUUGUGGUGCCCCCCACCCAAAUAAAAGAAAUGUGAAACUGGGGCCAGAGAGGUAGUGCAGGGGUUAAGGUGUCUGCCUUGCACAAGGCCCACCGGUUCAAUCUCUGGCACGUAUACGGUCCCCUAACCCCUAUAAGUCCUGAGCAUUGCCAAUUGUGGCCCCCCAAAAAUAAAAGACUGAGAAAUUAUGUCUUGUGCUUUCUAUUAAAACCUUAAAAUAUAAAAUGUUUUCUCCAACUCCAGCUAAGAUAUAUAAAGUUCAUCUUAAAAACAACAACAACAACCACCUGGGGCCAGAGACAGUACAGCAGAAAGGAUGCUUGCCUUGCCUUGCACAUGGCCAACCUGGAUUCAAUCCCCCACAUUCACCCGCAGUCCUUAGAGCACCACCAGGAGUGAUUCUUGAGGGCAGAGCCAGGAAUAAACCCUGAGCAGACAGG